UGCUUCUGUUGAUGCAAUGUCCCAUCUUGUGCUGCGAGAGAUAGAGAUAGAGAUAGGUGACAUUAAUGCAUCCCUCGUCAUUUUUCUUAUGGAUAUCUCAUCCAGGGAGAGGUCGUAAGGGUCCGAAUGAUGCGGAUAAGAGGUACAACAACAGGUCGAAAUUGUAUCGCGACAAGGCGUGGGCUCUCGACUGGGUCGGAGUGGCCGGCGAGUCCGGGUGCAGUGCUGCUGUGUUUUUUACGGAGGACGAAGGGGCGACCAGGUACUGUUGUGGUGGCAUCAUCAGGUCUGAAAUUGACAAGGCAAUGGCGGAGAAGGGCAAGGUCGACGAGCGAGAAUUGAGGAAGUUCUUCCUCACUUCGGUGUACGAUGAGCAGGGUGCGGACUGGGUCAAGACUGACCACAAGGUCAGCCUCGACCUCGCAUUGUUUAAGGGGUAUGGUCAGAAUGCAUUUGCUAUGAAAGCCUUCGGCGGCAAUCGAGAUGGGAAUGCCUUGAAGAUGCUCUUACCCAUUGAAUUCCUCAGCAAGACCAAUGGGUAUAGGAAAAGUGGUCAAUUCCUGACGGUCGCCGCUCGUCACCAGCUCUUGUUACCUCUUGUCCCGUUCGAUGCUCCUGUCGAGAGUCUCGCAGGCUUAUCAACGUGCUCUAGCGAGCGGCGGCAGGUCAUGUCGACACCGCAACAACCUGCCGGCGGGAAGCAGAAAGUCAUUACUUACCAGAGGCGUUCGGGCGGUGGUCCAUCGGAAAACCUUCCGAAGAAGAGGGGGUUCCCCAUACCUCCUUCGGAUCUUCCUGGAAGCUCGCGUUAUGGUGCCAUCUCGCGCUCGCGUGACACCGCUCAAUGUGGAACGGACGAGGAGUCGGACGAAGAAACGGAAGAAGACGAAUGGGUUCACCGAAUGCAAUCGUGGUUGUUAGCGACACCUCGACACAUCCAGGGCAAAGGCUCUUGCGAUGUGAAUGUGGGGCGGGAAGCUGGUGGAGGUGCCGAAACCCAGGUGAGGGACGAUGGGGAAUACGAUGAGGAUGAAGGGGAGUGUGGUACUGGAGAGCGCCAAGAACAGGUUGGAGGAGGGCCAGACCAUAUGGAGUGGGAAAAUAUUGCGGCGGACGGUGGGGUGGGCGGUGGUGCUGUGCGUGGUUCGGAAAUGGGGGACGAGGAAUUGGAAGACGAAGGAGAAGACGUGGAUGCUUCCGCGGGGCUUGCUUCCAAGGGGAGGGGAAAACACACUGCAAAAUCGUCGCCGAAGCCUGCUGCGCCUAAGAAACAGGCUCGAAGAAAAGUUGUGGACGAAGCUCGGGUCGCCUUGGAUGCAUCUCAAGGGACGCUUGGUGACGUYGAUGUGAAAUGCAAAUCAAGUGCUCGGAUUCGCAAAACGUCACAACCCAAGAAACCCGUGCGGCCAUCAAGGCGUCAGAAAUCGGACGACUCCAGCGACGAUGCUGAAGGCGUGGCCCCUCGCUUGCUCUCCCUCCCUGACGACGACAAGCAGGAGACGAAGAAACCCAGUGCGGUCAACAUGACGCAGUGCUUCUUCCUCAAGUACGACGACGACGACAAAAAGAGAAGAGACCCGCCUAGGGUGGUGAUUGACGUCGUGCAAAUUCUUCCAAUUCCGGCGGGAGAUAUAGCCUUCAACCAGCGAUAGCUAAACUUGGCCAUCGUUGCAGGCAUCGAUGCGGCAAUCGAGGCAUCAACUCG